GCCAUUCUGAAUUAGUUUGGAACAUGAAAAGCGUUGUGAUAUUUCUGACUUUCCUUGCCACUACCGCCCUAGCAGGAACAUGGACUGAUUGGGGAGCGUGGGCAGAUACUUGUGUGAAUUGUCCGGGAGCCACUUACCGUGGGCGCAGUCGUGUGUGUAUCCCAGGAGCGGAUAUGAGUGGAUGCACAGGAGACCGUCUCGAGAAAGAGAUCUGUAACUGCCCACUUGAAGCAGAAUGGGGAGAGUGGGAAGAAUGGGCUGCAUGCGAUAAUGAGUGUGGUUUCUGCGGAACGCACGCACGUACCAGAACAUGCGAACUCCUUCCUGAGUGCCCACUUGCACUUUGCACAGGAGAUGACAACGAAUCAGAGCCAUGCAGUGAUACAGACAAGGUCUGCCUUGCACCAAGCCCGUCGUGCUGCAAUGGAUACAAGAAGAAAGUUGAUAUUCCAACGAAACGCUUUUAUUGCGGACUUGAUUAAUCCCAAUUUCGCGAAUAAAAUCUUUACUCUU